AUGGCCGUUCUGGAAUUCAUUCGCCAUGCCGUUUCCUACUUCGAUCAGUCAAGUGCUUUUGAAUCUCUCAAGGCCUUCUUUCAGCAGAGUGAAUACGAAUCGAAGCACAAUGACGCCCUCGACAGGGUUAAGAAGGCUUCGGGAGCAUUCGAGAGCAGUAUAUCAAUCUGUUCCCAAACCCGCGUGGAGAAAAUCUACAAAAACAGCGAAACUCAAAAUUGGCCAACGAUUUCCUUAUACUUUACCCUUGCAGGUGUUGCCAAGGAUUUUACUGGUCAGAAUCAGAUCGGUAUUCUCAUGAUCGAAGAUUCAGUCGUGACCUUGCUCAAGUCUCUCGAGUCGCAAGUUCUCAUUCUCCACGAUGAGCUGGUAUUUGAGUGCAACUCUUCGCUCUCUACUCUCAGCUACCUCUGCGCCUUGAUCACCGAGAUCAUGUCCUCGCCCGGUCUGUUCCCGCUCAGCUUUUUCUGCGGUCUUCACUGCCGAGAGGUCGAUGCUCUUCAAGCUGGCUAUGGCAUCAUGCGCAGUCUAGCGCUGGAUCUUCUGCGACUGUUCGGAAAUGCCAACAGUGCCACGACUGGUGACCCGAAUAUGACUGCCCAAGGGCUCAUGAUGAACCAUCUUCCUACGAUCUUUUCUAUUUUCAGCAGGCUCCUCCUACAGAAUAUACCCGCUGGAGAAGAGAUAAUCACAUCGUCUUACACCUUCCCAGUAUCACAGGGACCUCGGUGA